ACAUUUGCGCGUUUCAUUGCAAUCGCAACAGGGCGUCGCCGAAUUUUCUAUCGUCUCUCUUAAGAUCUUUUUGCUUCAUCGCGGUACCUGACAGAAGGCGAGUACAUAGACGUACCAAUCGUGUGAACUGAAUCACACUUGAAGGAUUUUAAGUAAAAAAGCUGCAUUAAUGAUUCAGUGAAAGAUAAAUUGUUCACUGAUUUAGUUCUAUUGUAAAUUAUUCUCUUAUAAAUAUUACAUCUAUUACAUACGUAUUCUCAAAUUUUAAUUUUAAUUAAAAAUUUUGAAUAUAAUUAAUUUCUUCAUACAGAAAUACAGGUAUAUUGAAGAAAAAAGUACCUUCUCUCUUUUUUUAAAUUUAUAAUAUUAUUACAAGUAUGUUUGGUGUUACCGUAUUUCUCGACAAAUUCAACAACUACUUAUCAGUCUGACUGCUGCAAAUUCCAUUGGUUCGGCACCUAUGGCUCGCCGGAGUUGGAGGAUUAAGGAGUACGCAGGUCUGCGAAGUGGGGCAGGCAACGAAAGGUCUGCAACGCACGCAAAAUGCGGAACGUAGCCGCAUGUGGAGAUGUGGAGGGAGACGAAGAAAACGAAAAUGAGGCGGAGGAAGAAAGGGAGAAGUUGAUGCAGGCAGGAUGAAGCCGCAAUAGCGAAGCGUUAUAAAACGCCUGAAAGUGCCGGCGGCUUCUGCUUGUCUCGAUUCUUUUCAACGAUCUCUGCUCUACUCGUGUGCUCCAUUCACGUCUCAUUGGUGUGUCUUUUCUCUCUCUCUCUUGACUUUUUUUUAAUACAACACGUGUUUUAUUGUACGGUUACCAACGAUACGCGCGUUGAUCGUAUGAUUCGUGUAUUAUUCUGCGUUGAAAGUACCUCUCUCGUCGUUUAAGCGCGAGCGAAUUAAUCGGGGUCAAUUAAAUGUCGCGCGUGAUGACUUCCGCAUACGAGACGAUGAUAGAAUGCGAACAGCGAAAGAUGACAACUCCAUGCAGGUCCGUGAAAACUUGUUUCGACGAUUGUGAACCGGACAAUCCAGGCCCUUUGCUCGCCGGCCGGAUGAAGAAAAUCCCGUCAUCAUUACUGGCCAGUCCCAUAGUAAGUGAGCACUCGUCUCUCGAGGAAUCUGCGAUCUCUUCUUCUGCAGAAAACAUUUUACCCGGCGAAUCGUACGGUGAAAACGUCAACGAAGGAGCACGCGAGAAGGAAGACAAUGACGAGGAGAGAAACUUGGGCAUUUUCCUGAAUUUGAUAAGCGAUACUUCGGAAAUGGACAAAUCCAGGAGUGAGGAAUUCGAAAGUACGAGCAACGAUAAAUGUAAGGAGACGAACGGGAACGAGAAGAAGGAAUCGAUUUCGAUUUCAACAGCGUACGGUACUAUGAUGGAAGGUGCACCCACGUGCAGAGCAGCGAGGCAGGAGCAGAUCAGGGAGGAGAGAAAAUUUAAAGACCAGGAGAAGAAUAAAAAAAAUCAAAUCGUGCUGGAAAUUCAAAUGCAGGAACGAAAUGCGGCAUUCGAUGGUGGUAACGUUCACGCUGACGGGGACGCCCAAGUCUCCACGGUAAUGACGGACGUGCGAAUUUAUUGUGAGAACGUGGCGGAGCUUCGCCUGGACAAGGACGAGGGUCGCGUCGAAGACGCUGAAAUUAUAACAGGACAACAGGACGAUGGCAACAAAUUGUUCUACGACGCUGUGCGAUCGGGAAAUGCUAAACGUGUCUCAGCAUUAAUCUCCAGCGGCUGCGUGCAAAAUCUGGAUGAACCGGAUUGGAACGUGUCGGGCGAUCCGUCCUUACUAGUAGCGGCCACGAAUCAUUAUCUACCUGUACUCAGUAUACUAUUGGCAAGUGGAUGUGAUCCAGCUGUGCGUUCGCCGCGCGGUGAAACAGCACUCCAUCGAGUUAUCUUAAACAGUGGACUGGGCAACAUGUUACAACUCGUAGAGGAUCUUUUAAAGCACGGCUGUCCACCAAGUGUUAAGGAAGCCGGCAGUGGAUCGACCGCGCUGCAUAUGCUUUCCCGCCAGUUAGCUCACGCGCCGUUAAGGUCUCUUCAUCACAAUUUUGAUGCGGCUCUGAAAACACUAGAAUUAUUGGCUCAAGCAGGACCUGUUAAUGCCAAGGAUCAUCAAGGCCGAAGCGCCUUGCAUAUUUUGGCCUCGUCGACAAUCUUUGAUAAUCACAAGACUGACAUCGAAUCGCUGAUCGAGACGCUCUUAGCUGCCGGGGUGAACACCGCACUGCAGAAUGAUCGCGGUGAGACGGCGCUCCACGAGAGCUUGGAGUGCAGUGCCUUGAAUACAGCGAUGCUGCUGAUACCACGCACAUCAGUGGGCAUCGCAUCACGGUACGGUGAGACCCCAUUGCACAUUGCCUCGCGGAAGAACCACGUCGAUAUCGUGGCGAAGUUGCUGGAGCACGGCGAAGACCCCAGCACGCAGGAUGCCGGGGGUAACACACCCUUGCACCUCGCAUCGGCGAGGGGAUUUCAUCAGACGGUAUCGCUGUUGGUCACGUCGCCGUUAGCCCAAUUAGAGAAGGUCAAUAUCGAUGGUUUGACGGCGUUACAAGUCGCCGCCGAGAGUGGAUUCAUCAACGCCGUCAGGCUACUGCUGAAAGCUGGCGCUGAUCCUAGCCAGACUAUGCGCUAUUGCGGGACCAUUCUGCGCCGUCACCCCGAUAUCUCGCUCCUCAUCGAUCACGAAUUGACCAGGCGUCGGCAACUCGCCGCCUGAUUCAUCCUGAAUUGCGUUCAAUAAUUGCUAAUUCAAUAUGUGUAAUAUCGAAGAUUACUUUUAUAGAAUUAACGUAAGUUGUCAUGCCAGUUGCUCAAUAUCGUGAUUAAUCUGUUUGGUUGUAUAAAAGUGCAAUUGUGAGAUGCAAUAAUGCGAAAUCAUUGUCGUAAAUCCCAUAGGUCCAUCCUCUGGCUGUAGUUCAAAGUGCAUUUAAUUUAAAAAAAAGACUGCAACGUUUACGAUUUAGAAUAUGUAAGACUCUCGUUACGCGAAUACCUGUUAACGUAUUAUUGUCAUUGUAUCUUGACGAAAUAAAACCGAUGUAUCGAUGAUUUUUUA